AUGCCACUAGCCCCGCUGGGCGAAGACGAGUUUAGCAUUCGCCAGAUAUUCCGUCUCUGGCAAGGGCAACACUAUUCAAACGUCUUCAAGCUGGUACAGGAGGAGAGCGACAGCUGGUGGAUCCACGUCAACUUCGGGCUCGCUGUGGCUGCCAUCUGCCACUACUCUUUCCUCGCCAUUGUCACAGUGUGCAUCAUCUGGCAUCUCAGGAAGAGGAGGACGGGCCUCAAGUGGAGUCCCACGACUCUUGCCGCGCAGCUGGCGCUCAUUCAAGGCUCCAAUAUCCUGGACAAGUUCGAGGAAAUGGACGACACCGACAGCGUUAACCUAGAGGACGAGGUCAAAAUGUAG